UUUUCUUUUACGAAUCCUCACUACCAUGGCACCACCUAAACCGACAAAGAAACCCAAGGGACAGAAAAAGGAGAAAGUCUUCCAUCCUCUAUCCCGGAAAGCCGAUCAACUCGUGAGGACCCAGCUUCGGAAAGGAAAAUUAGCAGACCUUGCCAAAGCUCGCAACCAAAAGCAUCAUAAACAGGUUGAUUUAUAUGGAUUCUUCUACCAUGCGAUACCGCCCGAGGGAACCCUUACUCUUGAAGAUGUCCAUACGAUCAUCCAUGAUAUCUGGUUACCACGAUUUGAUUCAGAACUCGAGGCUGAGCGAGCAGCUCGCCGAAAAGGCCGUCCAAAGAGUACGAAGGAGCUUAAGCUUGAAGAACUCAAGUUGCGGGAAGCUGAAGAAUAUCGAACCGGGAUUGAGGUCAUUGACCUUACUCAUCCUCUCAAUGUCGACCUGUUUCGUCAGUGGGAUCAAAAGGAGGCCCCGUUUAUCGAACAACUGCGGUUUAUCCGUAUUUCGAGCGCUGCACCUGAUGUCGCACAGGUCUCACGUCCGGGAAAACAUCCAUUGUUGAUUGAGGAGAAGAAAUCAACCGAGACCCAGGCACAAGAUAUGGACAUGGACGACUCGGAGGCACCUCUCUUGCUUGAGCCGAUGACUCGUUUUUCAUCCACAACAACCACUAUGGGCGCUGCACCGUAGACUCAUACGCGGUCGUUUUCCAAUCAUCCAAUAAUCGAAUGUCCGCAUUAUAAAGUAUGUACUAAAAUAGAUCUAAUAAAUGUAAGCAACGACCCAAAGACUAACCCUAAUAUUACAGGCGGCUCAUUUGAUCGAGUCCGAAAUCUAACCUUCGAAAGCCACCUCUACAAAUCGCUCAUCUUCCGGAAAAAUGGGACUCGAAUCCCGACUAACUCUUCCCGUUGCCCCCGUGUACCCAUUCGACGGUGUAUCCAAAUUCCACUCCCGUCUGAACCUAUUAUAUACCAACCUAAAGCUAGACUGUGCACCUUUCUCCAUGACUAUGCACAAUGCCGCCUUGUACCCUGCGAUAGCCUGAAGCGUCGUCGGCCUAUGCACUUCGACGCGGAAUUUGACCGCCUUGACAGGGACCAUCACUCCGUUUGGAUCUCGCGACUCCUCCAGCUUGCACUUCAGGAUUCCCAUUCCCUCGGCUUGCGUCAAGAUCACACUGAGCCCCAUUUCCUCCAGGAUGAUUUUGCAUUCCUGUCGAGUAACGUGGGAAUCUUCGGUUGAGACCAUCUGAUAAGUCGCUGGACGAAAUCCGAAGAUAUUGCCCAGCCAGCUACGUUUGGGCGCGGAGCGAGAGGCAAAGGAGCCGCCUUCUGCUGAGAACACAGACGAUGCAGGCGAUCCGAAGGGGCUAUUGCGUCUACGUAGUUUAGUGGGCUCAGCGAUCUGGACUCGUCUACCUGGCCUUGAAUUAGGGCUAGUGCUGUUCUUAGUACGCAAUGAUGACUUUCGAGUAGGUGUCUCGUCAUCUUCAUAGCGUGAGGUGUACGCAUGCUCUGCAGAGAGGAAUGAGUUGUCGUUCUCCUUGUCCGCGGGUCGACGGAUACUAAGCGGGCGAGUGGUAUUGACGUUGCGAGAAGGCAAGAGUCCACCAAAAGUCUCCUUGCCGUGGAAAGGUUGUCCAAGGUCUAAAGUGAGAGGCGUACGAGGAGAGCGAGCAGUAGAAGCUGGCGAACGGGGAUCGAAUGGAGUUUUAGGCGUUUGUUGUAUGACAUUUAGAGUGUCGGCGACUUGUUUCAAAAAUUGUUGGAGUUGUG